AGUUUCAUUAUGAUGCAUUAGGAUCCAUCUCAAAAAGUAUUUGUGGUGUUGAAAUAACAGUCACCCACGAUCAUGUUUCCUGGUUUCCUGGCUGCUGCCGGUCAACCCCGCCCCUCUGUCACGCAGCGUGCGCAGCUCUCCUCUGGGUGGCUCUCGUCUCGCCUUCGUUCGUUGGGUGUAGCAGCACGACAGGAGGUGGCAGCGGUUAAGUGAAGUGAAGUGAAGUUAAACUGGCGGGCUGUCCACACGGUGAGCUCCAGAGGAUCUGCUGAACGGGAGAGGCAUGGAGGAGACGGGCGGUCCGAGUGCGUACGGGGCUUCGCUCGCAGGAGGAAGCUUCGACUUCUACAAGUUUGUCCGACAGCCGCAAACCAUCGUGCGGAUACUCAGCUGGAUAUUUGCCCUGGUGGUGUUUGCUACCAUCACAUCAGAGGGAUACGUCAACACUCCCCACAGUGUAGAGGUAAAGUGCAUCUUUAACCAGAAUGACUCGGCAUGUCAUUACGCUAUUGGCAUCGGGGUGAUUGCCUUCCUGGCAUGUGUGGCCUUCCUGAUGCUGGACGUUUACUUGCCUUUUAUGAGCAGCGCGCAGGAAAGGAAGUACGCUGUCAUGGCAGACCUGGGAUUCUCAGGGGCGUGGAGCUUCCUGUGGUUUGUGUGUUUCUGCCUGUUGGCCAGUCAGUGGGCUAAAACUCAUGAUGUGAACGGUAUCCCAGAGGACGCUGCACGAGCCGCUGUGGCCUUCUCAUUCUUCUCCAUCGCCACUUGGGGAAUCCUUACCUACUUUGCCCUCAGCCAUUUUCGCCGUGGUGUUAAUGAAGUUUCCAUCCCAACGUACACGGAGGCGCCACCAGAUCACCAAUCCCCCUACCCUCCGACCUACGCCCCCACCUCCUACAACCCCACCACCUACACCCCUACCACUUACACAGCCUAUCCCAGCAGUGUGCCCGACAUGCACCAGCAGCCUCCCUUCACCCCAAACCCCCAGCCGCAAGGAGACGCCGGCUACCAGCCGCCCAGCUACUGAGACAAAGGGAGGUCACAUGGACGAAGUGGUGUUCGAGAUCAUCUGUUGGUACACUGACUGUAGUUGCACUGCACAGACCCAGAGCUAUAUCAUAUUGAUGUGGAUUUACAUUUGAUUUAACAUACUUUUCCAAGUGUCCGAUUUAAGAGCCUGAGCCGUGCAACUGCAAGUAAGAGACGAGGGACACUGCUGUUUACGUCAAGUGGUCUGUGGUCAGAUUUUAAGACAUCACGCUGACUGUAAGGAUUAGCGCUGAUGAUUGGGUAAUCUGACUUUAGACCUGUGUGCAAAGAUACUACUUUUUUUUUUUUUUUUUUUUUUUUUUUACCUCAAAUGGGCUGAUCCUGAAGGGGAGAGGUAGAUAUAAUGUACCCAGGAGGUCAAAGGUCACAGAAAUGUGAUGUGAAGAAUACCUGUGAUGGCUCUAAUCAGAGUGGGAGAAGCCAACACCCAAUGUGUUUGCCUCCUCUUUCCUCUCUGUUGGAACCUGAGUGUGCAUUUGUACAUAGAUUUCACUGCAAAGCUGCCAUUUUAAUGGUCGUAUGUGCCUGACUUUCUUUUCUUGUUUGGGUUAGUUUAGUUUAUCUUGAGGACCUUUAAACAGUGUAAGAUGUAUUAAAUUAACACAUGAUUUUGUGGGAGUAGAGCACAGGGGGAAAAGAUUAUUAUAAAGCCAAAUGGCCCCCUUUUGAUUUAGCUUUUUGUAAAAAAUGUGGGUUCUGUACUGAUUAUGCAGUCAAGUUUCUUAGCUAUAUAACCAUAAAAUCAUAAAAUCACCCCUGAAAGAAAGAUUUGCAAUAUUUGUGCUCGAGUAAAAUUGCUCCUGUGUUCGCCAUCCCAACUAGCUAUGUUUUUAAGACGACUCUAAUCAAAAUGUGGUGUUGAUGGUGACUUGAGAAACCAAAAAAAAAAAACUCCAUUACUUUCACUGUGGCCAUGGUAGAUGUAACAAAUUUUCAAAAAGAAAAUGUUUGUAAAAGUGGGUUACAUGUGCCAAUCUGUAGAGGCAUUUAUUGGACGUUCAUAGGUGUAGUUGCCCUUUAAACUUGUAGCUAACAUUCAGACAGACAGGAGGGGGGGGGAGCAUGUAGAUAACUAUGCACUUGUUGAACAGGUCUAUCCAUCGAGCAUGUCCUCACACUGAAGAGUAACUUAUUAACAACCAGAAACCAGGCUCCCUCUUCAGCCUGCAAACACUUCCUCCAAAGUCUUUGUGACAUUUAGUUUUCUGAACACUGAUGUUUAUCUCUUUAAUGUUUAUCAGAGUGCAGCGGGUACGUCUUCUUGACCAAUGACUAAUAACACCUCAGCCUGCAACGGUGAGAAUCAAACACCUGUCCUUAGAAAGACUACUGAUUUACUUUGUUGCUUUGUGCCUGACAGUAAUAUGUUUGUCAUUUAUUAAACACAAAGCUAUUGUGGUACUACAUUGAAUACAUUUGUACAAGUAUAAAGACAUCGCUGAUUAAAAUGUAGAAAACGUGUGCAUAACUUACUGAAGGCAUAUACAGUAUAUAUGCAAAAACACUGCUGUUGACUUGUCAUUUGUGCCACAGUGAGAGAAAUUAAAACUUUUGGGGAAGGAA